CCCAAAUCCUGAAAACCCUAAAUCCAACACUCACUCAAAAUCAGCAAAAAUGUCAUCACCACAAGUUCCAAAUCCCGACAACAAUUCAAACACAAAAUCAGAAGAAAAAUUCAACAAAAAACGACAACGCCGAGUGAGCUUCGCCGAAACCACACUUGUUCGCAUUUUUAAUCGAGAUGAAUAUUCCGGAUCGCCGGACAAAUCUCCACCCGUUUCACCGCCAAGUGAUUCCCCUUUUAACCAACCCAACCGGAUGUUCUGGAAUGAUACCGAGAAUGAUAACGAUAAUGAUAAUGACGAGGAGAAUGAUCCGGGUUCGGGUUCGGGUCCGCAGAGUCCGUUUUUACGUCUUGUUGGCUCGUCUCCGUCUUCUGGUGGAAGUACUGUUGGUUCUGCUACCUCAAAUGAUGAAGAUAAUUUUUUUGGUCCUGUAUCAACAAGUUUUAUCAGACGAGAGUUACUGGACUCUGAAGUUUCAGAAGGGGAUCAUGAUCAGACUAUGGAUUCAACAGCCUUUUCUAUGCAUUUUCGUAACCUUGCUAGGGCAGAAUCAGAAGUCGAAUUGAAAACAUCAACAGGAGUUAACCUUUCCUUUGAUGAGAAAACCCCAUCUCACGAUUCGAUUCCAACUAAUACAGGAACUUUAAUGCAAAUGACUGUACCUAAGAACCUCAAUAAUCAACCUUCUGUUUCUUCUACUAAGUUAAGUUCUGGUUCAGAGUCCAAUGAUAUGAGUAUUGUUGGAGAUUACCGUAACAUGUACAAUUAUGGGAAACUAUCUCCUACACUGGAUGCACUCUUGGCAGAAGCUAGGAAGGAUUCACAUGUGAUCAUCUCUCCUCGUGUUUCUAUACUCAAAUCACCAAGGAAUGCCGAGGCAACACAAGAAAAUGUGUCUAACCUCAUGGAUUUUAGUUUGGAUGAAGCUAAUCAUCUACAAGGAAUUAUUGCUCAUGAGAUGGUCAAUGAAGUGGCUUCCUAUAAGCAUAAUGAGUUUGGUGCGGUCAAUGAUGGAUCAGAAGUUUCUCCCACUAAGCAGAUAGGAGUAGGUAUCUCAUUUCACGAAUCCGAUAUUGAGAUCUCUAAACAUGUGUCUCCUAGUUCAUCUAUUAUGGCUACUCCCAGUGCUAAUAACAAGGAGACUAUCAAAGAUGCAUUCCAGAUGAAGUCAAGUUUGGACUUCUCAGCUUACAGCCAUGGCAAUUCCAAUCCUAAGUCUAAUCCUAUUAUCGGGAUAGAAAAUAAAUUCCCAUCUAAAUCUCCACUUAUGACUCCUCUUAAUAAUCAUUCAAGUGUUUCUAUAAGAGCUGAAAAUCCGAAAUAUGGUUGGAGUGUUCCAUUUAUGCAGAAAAGCAUUUCUAAACUCAAUAUGCUUGAGGCUUCUCCCUUUUCUGCGGCCUUGAAUGCUAAACUUGAAGAUUCAACCUUCAAGAUGACUCCUUCAAAUACUUUGCUAGUAAAAAACUACAAAGCUUCCCUACCCAAUUCUCUGAAUGGCAAGCGUCAAUUAUUAUCUUCUGAUCAUAUGAAGAGAGGUUUAGCAAGCUCAACAAACAUGGAUGAUAUUAGGCGGGGGAAACCAGUUAUCCAGAAUUUUGUCAAAGUUGCAUCGCCGUUGCUGAUACCACCUGAAAGCACAGAGUCUGGGGCAAAGUCGCAAACAGAUCUGUUGUCAUUGGAAGAUAAAAACAAAUUUGGCUCUUCUGAAAAUUUUGAUUAUUGUCCACAGAAAAAGUUAAAGAGUGGAAAUGCAUCAGAAUUCACAAGCAGUUCUUUGAAAAAUGCAAAACAGUUCCCUCAGCAUAAUGAGCCGGGUCACUUUGAAGGGUCUGGGGAAAUUGCUGAUAAGGCUGACGCCAUGGACAUUGAGAGGAUAGAAAAAUCUACUCUAGUAAUGCCCACCGAAGAGGAAAUGGUGGAUGAUAGAGAUGUCCAUUAUUACUCAGAAACGAUGGAGAACUCCACAACCCCAUUGAAGGCUGAGAGCCUUGAGAAGUUGCAAACUAACUUUGUGGUGACUGACAUUGCCUCGGGAGAGACCAAAAGAGCUUCUAUGGUUUUGCAUGAUAGGACAGAUGAACAAUCUUGUCAAAAGAAUUUGCACGAUGAUCUUUGUCAAAGUCCAUCAAAUAAACAUCAGCCCAACACACUGCAUGAUGGCAACGUUCAUAUCUUGCUUGAGGAAAAUGUACUGUCCUCCAAUCUUCAUCAUUCAUUAAAUGGAAAUGUAGUAAAUGAGAGGGCGAGAAAGGCUGAAGACGUCAUGGUUGAGACUACUGCUAUAACUCAGAGGGGCCCAAAUAUCUCAAAAGAUCAUGCAAGUUCUGAACUCUCAAGUGAGAACACAGUACCAAUGAUCGGACACUCUUGUAAAAAUCCAAUUGAGAUGAUUGCAAUGCUCUCUAAAGAAACAAAAGAACUUUUACCUCAAUCACUUGAUAAGCUCAAUUUGCAUGCAAUUGAUCGACUGGCAGGCAUUAUGGAUCAACUUCUAAGGUCAAAAACCUAUCAGAUUCUUUCUGAUGAAAUUCGAUCUCAGAAAAGCGUUGAUGUCAGUAACUGUAUUCCACAAAAAAGAGCUGGAGAAUUAAAGCUACUCUUGUGCAAAUUAGUACACGAGCAGGCAAAGUUGCAGCUUCUGCAUGUGAAGCGAGAGAAGUUACUGAAAAGGAGAAAAAUACUUGCGAAUGGGUUAUUGGAGUCUGAAGUGCUAUUAAGGUCAACUUUUCUAUCACAAAAAUCUCCAGAUGUUCAUUGCGAGUCCUUGUCAGUCAACAAGAAGGACCUUCAAGAGAGUCAACUUGACAAUGACAAAGUGAUUUCAUUGAGAAAGACAUUAGAUCAUAUCGAUACACGGAUUGCAAACUUGACCGAAUCUCUUCACAAGUCAUGUAAGAUGAAAGGAGAACCCAGCGUCAGCGACACUAUUGCAUAUGUUAAUGAUUAUGUUACGAAGCGAGGGCGUUGCCAGAUCCUACGCAAAGAUAUGCAGCUUUGGACUGUAGACCAUCUCGAGAGUAUGGAUGGUUGCCGCUGUGUUGUUCUCAAUUACCUUGACCUAAUGACUCAAAGGUUAACUGUCAAUGCUGGUCUAGCCCCAAGCAUUUCCAUUUUGCAUGAAUUAAAUAACGUAAAAAUCAGCAUGCUUUUCAAAGAUAUGGAUGCUUGCACUGCAUUUGGAUUUGUCUUCAAUGGCGGGAUAAAACAGAAGCAUAUCGGUGCUGCAAUUCUGGCACAAGAAACUCAAGCAACUAGUUCUCUUUUCGGCAAUCUGUUAGAUGUGUUGGCGGAGAUACAACAAGCAAGAAUAGAUCUAAAAAACCUGAUUUCCACAAGAUUUUACACACCCAUAGCUAAACAACUUGACCUGGAGCUCUGUUUCUUUGAUUUAAGAUGCCACAAGAGGGCAACUGUGACUUUGGACGUUUCCUGCUUGGGAAGGGGUAUUUAUCCAUCAGAAGCUGUUCCGUAUCAUAUUGACAUUCCAACUGAGGAGCCACAAAGUUCUUUGUCACUCUCAGCUGGGUUUGCAUUAGCGUUUAAAGAUAUUGAACUGGGAUUUUUUAGAAUUCAGCGAUUAUGUACAUACAUUUCCAGUAUAACCAGCCCACAAAUCAGGUAGAUGUGUAUAAACCCAAAACUUGUGUCUCAUGUUUAACAAUCAUUUCGCCAUAAGAGAUUAUUUUCUGUUGAGUAAUUCAAGAAAAAUCUUUGCUUUUUUCUUGAUGAAACAUUAGU